GACUAACAACAAGUAAGUGGGCAAUAACUAAACGCUUGACGACAGAAAGUGUGGCUUGCAUAUAGUCGUGGUGAAGUGUGUUGGCAAAAUUACUGCUUUUAACCGAAAGAUGAUCAUUUGUUGCCUACACUGAGUAUUCUUUAGGAUGUCUGCCCAUAGUAGUGGCCUUUUGCCACCGGACGAGUUGGCAGAUUUGCACAUAUUUGUCGUUCCCUUGGAUCUGUGGCUCGAAAAAUACCGAACAGCCUUUAACAAUAUUGCUUUGGAGUCUGUUUCCGCGGGAUUUGUCAGGGUUCAGCCGUAUAUUUCUUUGAAUUAUCUGCGAGAUCACAUCGAGGAACAACUGGGACCAGAAGUUGUUCCAGAAGAUUAUGUGUUUCUUAGAUCCGUUGGAAGAUGUAUGGCUGUGAUAAAAGAAAAUCAAGAACGUCUGCUCAAGGCCAAGGACUUUUUACCCCCUGUGGCUUACAGCCCAGAGAUUUUUAUUCUUCCUGGAACGCAUGAUGCUGUAGCUAGGCCAGUGGAGAAUGCUGCAAAUACCAUUAUACAAACACACGGCCUCACAACAGCUGGUAUGGCUUCUAUGCAGCCUCACCAGUUACCACAAGCACGAUAUCCAGUUGGAUAUAUACAACAUCCACAAGCCCUGCCAAACAUGCUACCUGUGGGCUUUUUACCCCAGCAGUCUGGCCAAGUGGAGCAGAUGGGUUUGCAAAGCAGAGAGGCACCUUAUGUUAAUUGCACUCAGAGGACCAGCAGGUCUAACAAGUCAAUAUCUGAUGACGAGGGUAGCAGCGACUUUGAGAGACCACAAGACGAGGGAAACCAAGAGGUCACUGGUAGACGUCAGUCAAUAGAGGACAGAAGCGAUGGGUCUUCAGAGAAUGAUGGUGGUGACGGAGGCGAUAAGCCAAAAGUGAUGGAGCGAACAGAACAUAGGAAGAAGCAGAAAAAAGCAGGUCAAGAUGAACAGGAAGAGGAAGCUUCUAAUGUUGUUGCAUUAAAGUCGAAAAAGAACCGAAUGCAAAAGAAAGGAAGUAGCAGUUCAUCGGGAAGCAAUCAGUCAUCAGAAACUAAGACUGUUAAGUUCAUUCAACCAGAAGUAUAUCAGAGCCUUCCCAUUCCUAGUCAAGGGGGUGUACUGAUUUCUCCUCCUACUCCAAUUCCCUCCGGGCGUGUCAUUUCUUCCCCUUUUCCUGCACAGCAGUUUGAACCAGUUAGUGGUCCUUCUGAGAAGGAGAGAGCUUCUGAGAUAAAGAACAAUAAUCCAAGUGGUGAAGUUGAUGAUAAAGAUGCGAUGGCAACAGAGAAGAAGAAAAAGUCGGCCGAAACCAAAAGAGGUAAAAAGAAAAGGCGAGAGAAGUCGCGCUCUCCUUCUCUGGAGCGAACACAACCCAAAGAGCACAUCAGUCAAAAAGAAAACAGUGGGGAUGUUAUAUAUGAGGAUGAUGAUAAUUCAGCUGUGUACGGUGAAGUAACAAUGAGUCGAGUUGAAUCUCCUCCAAGUUUAAGUGAAGUUGAAGAGAGAUCAAAGUUUGUUCAGUUUCCUUCCCCAGCCAAGGGAGCGAGGAGGCCCCCAAUACCUGAUGAUGAGUAUGGCAAUGUUUUUAGCAAUGGGGCACGAGAUGUGGAUAACUCAUUUGGAGGAGAAGAAACUCUCAAUAACUAUGCCCCAGAAAACCAAGCAUUUGUGGCAGAAGAUGAUGGUGCUAACAAUCUAGGGGUUAACAAUUUUAGUUCAAAUGAGGAUAAGAAUGCUUUGAAGGACACACCGAAGGUUGACGAAGAUGUGAGAGCAACAGGAAAGGGCGCUAAUAAAAUAGGUGCCAAGGAUGGUGCAAAGAAAGAUGGUGUGAAGGGAAAUGCUGCUAAAGGAAAGAAAGUGGUCAAAAAGCCCGCAAAGAAACCAGUAGAAACUUUAGAUGAGAAAUACAAAAUACCUCAAAUUCCUAAAGCCCCCACCCCACCUCCCAUGAAAUACCCAGAGAGGGGUAACAAAGAGCUAGGAGAAGACACGGCAUCAGCCAAGGAUAGGAAACGCCGGGAGAUUGAAGAGUUGAAGGCUGAGUUGAGGAAGGCAAAGAAUGCCAGGGUGGAAACUGAAAAAGAGAGGGAGUUUAAAGUGCGCAGAGCUAAGAUGUUACAGAAUCAGAUGCUACAGAAGAGGAAUCAAGCAAAGAACAUUUGGAAGAAGAAGUUUUUUGAGGAGAAGAGAAAAACCGCUACAUUAGAAGAACAAGUCAACAGACUAAGGCACGAGGUUGAUGCACAGCACAAGACCUUGAUGGCGUACUUGGAGAGUAAAGAACGAGAGGGCAGCAAGCCUCAAGCAGGAGGAGACUUCAAGUCGCCAUCAGAAAAGACAAACCAACGGAUGUCUCUUGCACGGUUACAACACGAGGUGGAAGAAUUAAGAAGAAGAAUUGAAGAAUUGAAAGUGAAACUGACGGCUGAAAUGAAGAAUCGCGACGCCGCCCAAAAGGAACUGAAACAAAUACGCCAAGAUUUGUUGGAAAAGAAGAUCAACCUUACUCUCACCAAAUCGCAGAAAAGCCUGGCAACGUUAGCAAACCCCGAGAAUAUUGCUGUGUGAUAAAUUAUGACAAUAAAGAGAAAUAUCCAGUGACAACUCGCGAGUGGCGGACCCCUUCGUAACCCUAUUUUGUGUUGUUGCGUGACGACGAGGGAGAUUGCAUGACGGCAUGCAACGUCAUUCCGCCAAGUUCACUUCCAAACCUCGUUCUCAGGCUUGAAGAUACAUCAUGGAAACGUGGUUGAUGACUAGAACGCUCCUUUUACUCGUUUCCUUUGAAUUAUAUGGACGAAAGUAGUCAAGAUAUAUUGUGAACACUGGCAGUUAUACAUAUAAGUUAUACCGUUCAAUAUGUCUCUAUUUAUUACAUUCAAUACAGAUGAUUUUCAGCAGUUUUCAUAUUUUAAACGAAAAUUUGGCAGAGGGUUGAAAACCCGUUUGUCCAGGAAGUAGUUUUUAAACAGUAGAGAUCAUAUUUUGUCUUGUAAUAAAUUAUUGUAAAUAAACUGUGUUUUCUUA